AGUCAUCCAAACAGACUUCUGAGCUUCAGGAAGAAUCUCCCUUCUGUCCCCUGGACUCCCUAGCAUGAGGGAUCUGUUGAACCCCUCGAGCCAGGCCUUCUGGGGGGAGCGAAUAAGGAAGGAGGUGGUGGCUCGGACCACCUGGAAUGUCCGCUAUGGACACAAGUACCUGAAAGAGGAGUCCAAGAAAAGAAAGUCCAGGCAGGCCCCCUUUGCGUCAGUCUCGAAAGUAGGCCCAGUGCAUUCCACAGGCUCCCCUGUCAGAAAAGAGGCACAGGCAGGAUGGCCAGAGACCAGUGGGGUCCAGGGAAGCAGAGUGAGGCAGGCCAGAAGAACUCUUCAGUUCACAGCAGGUCCGGGCAGGCCAGAGGACUUAGAGAUGAAGCCUCCCACCCCAGCCACUCUGAAGCUGCUCUUCCAAGGUAUCUCCCGUGAUGGCCGGAACCUAUACCUCAAGCAGCGGCAUCAACUGAAACCAGAGGAGAAAUACAAGUAUCCGAUGGUGUCUUCCUGGGAGUAUGGCUGGCAUGUGGGGGAUGUCAUGAAGGACUACAGGACACCAGCUUAUGCCAGAACUCAUCCCAUCACAAAGUCUUUUUUCUUCAAAAAUGGCAUUUUCCCUAACCCACGGCGAUCAGAUGACAUUAUGUGACUUGGCUUGGAAAAGGCGUCAGGGGCUCCUUGCCCCCAUCAUCCAUCUGGACCAGCCAGGUGGGAGAUGUUGCAACCCAGCCCUACCUCACUCUGUGUUCUGCUGAGCCCCACCUCCUUGGGUGAGAUGGACCUGAAGAAGUGACCAUAGGCAAACACCUCUGAGAUGUACUGUCAUCCUAUGUUGGGGCUCCUGUCUACACACAGAGAACACUGCUGGCAAAGCUUCCAUCCAUCCUACCAUCCAUCACUACCAAUGCUGUUCCUUUUCCUGGGGAGAUCCAAUGCUGCAUCAGCAGGCCUGGACAGGGGAGGAGCUUGUAAGCCUGCAAAGUGCUUAGGAGAGCAACGAUCUCUUAUUGUCUAUUUUUCAACAUUAGACUGAUGGUAUCUACAGCAGAGUUGCUCUGUCCCGGUGUAUCCUACAAUUCAGGGAAGAAAGAACGUGCCAUCUCCUCUGGCUGCUUCCCUCACCCCUCAGAGCCUGCAUCAAUGAGAGAUGCCCAGCUUCACCUGCUGCAACAAGCAGCUCCUAAGUCCCAACUCUUUAAACAAAUAAAGAUACAUUUCUUUUUUUUUU